AUGGCUGAGAAUGCGAUAGUUCUGUCGGAUGACGAUCCCACAUUGUCCCUCGACGAAGACUUCCGCCCUCAAAGCAGCGCUAGCGCUACUACUACCUCCUUGGGCAAACGUAAGUUGAGCGUCAGUUUCGAGGAAAAGGUCGAGUGGUCAGACGAUUCGGACAAUGGCGAGAAGCUCAAGGCACGGCGCACUGCCAAGCGACGUGCUACUUUAGGGAGAGUUAGAGAUAGAGGAUCAAAGGGGAAAGGCAGGGGAGGAAAGAAGGCUGCUACUGCGACAGAUAGGACGAGAGACGACGAGAUAAUCGAGCUGAACCAGCCUACUGUCAAGAAGGAAGAAGAAACCGACUACGCCGAAGCCUUCAUUCCCGACUAUCUGUUGGAGCGUCGCAAGAAGUUUAACAAGGACAGAGAGCUGCUGCGCAACGCCGGCUUGAAGCUACCCCCAGACUUUCACGACAUCUACUUUUCCGACGACGAGAAAGGGACUAAAUACGAACAACGGCCAAAGUUCGAGGAGAGCUCUGGUAUCAAGCCAUGUCGACCCUACAAGGAUGUCGAGCUCGAGUACUCGGCCGGUACCAUCCCCGCUUGUAUCGCGCAAUAUCUCCGCGACUACCAAGUGGAAGGCGUCAAGUUUCUGCACCAAAAGUUCGUCUACCAGCGGGGUUGUAUUCUCGGCGAUGAUAUGGGUCUGGGAAAGACUGUCCAAGUGGCUGCCUUCCUUACGGCAGCCUUCGGCAAGACGGGAGACGAGCGUGAUGCGAAGAGGAUGAGAAAGAUGCGGCGAGCUGGCGACCUCUGGUACCCGAGGGUCAUUAUUGUCUGUCCUGGAUCUCUUAUCCAGAAUUGGAAGAACGAAUUGGACCGGUGGGGCUGGUGGCAUGUCGAUGUCUACCAUGGAUCGAACAGGGAAGAUGUGCUGCAGGCAGCCAAGUCAGGACGUAUUGAGGUCAUGAUCACUACCUACGACACGUACAGGAACUGCCACGAAGCCGUCAACACCAUUGAGUGGGAUUGUGUUGUGGCUGAUGAAUGCCACAUCUUGAAGAACACGGUGUCCGAGACGACUCGCGCCAUGGAUAAAAUCAAUGCCAUGUGCCGCAUUGGGUUAACCGGUACCGCGAUUCAGAACAGAUAUGAAGAGCUUUGGACACUCCUCAACUGGACGAACCCGGGCUAUUUUGGGACAAGAGCCGAAUGGAAUGAGUCUAUAACAAAGCCUCUGACCGCAGGCCAGUCCCACGAUGCAACGCUCAAGCAGCUCAGCAUUGCCCGUACAACCGCAAAGAAGCUGGUGCAGAACCUCCUUCCAGAGUUCUUCCUCCGGCGUAUGAAGAGCCUGAUUGCCCAUCAACUUCCGAAGAAGAGCGACAAAGUCGUGUUCUGUCCCUUGACAGACGUCCAACGCGACGCCUACGAGAAUUUUUUGGAAGGAGAACACGUUACUUUUAUCCUCAAUGCCUACCAACCAUGCAACUGUCACUCUGGGCGAGCUGGAGGUUUUUGCUGUCACAAGACCCUGAGUGACGGUCGUACGUGGAAAUCUUACGUUUUCCCAUCAAUCAUAACUCUCCAGAAGAUCGCAAAUCACUUAACGUUGCUCAUCCCUUCCUCUUCCGACCCAAAGGAAAAGCAACGUUCAGAGCUUAACGUGCUCCAGACCUGCGCUCCAAAUACGUGGAAAGAGCUUUACAAUAAUCGAGAGUCCAUGCUCAGCCUUGCAAACCCGGAGUUCUGCGGAAAAUGGAAGAUCCUGAGAAAGCUCCUACGCUUUUGGCACGAGAAUGGAGACAAAGUUCUUGUUUUCUCCCACAGUUUUGUUUUCCUCAUCUCCACCAAAGCGGGAGGGGUUGGCUUAAACAUUACAUCGGCGAACAAAGUUGUCAUCUUUGACCCGCACUGGAACCCAUCGUACGAUUUACAGGCCCAGGAUCGUGCAUACCGAAUCGGCCAGAUCCGAGAUGUGGAUGUUUUCCGGUUGGUCUCCGCCGGGACCAUCGAAGAGAUUGUUUACGCUCGGCAGAUCUAUAAACAGCAGCAGGCGAACAUAGGCUAUAACGCCUCCAACGAACGCCGUUACUUUAAGGGUGUUCAGAGGGACAAGAACAGGAAGGGUGAACUCUUUGGACUGGAAAACUUGUUCACUUUCCACGCCGACCAGGUUGUGCUCAGAGACAUUGUCAACAAGACCAACAUCGCUGAGGCCAAGGCUGGUGUCAAUCUCACUGAUAUCGACAUGGAAAAGGCCGUCAAGGACGAAGACGACAAACUGAACGUCAUCAAGAAGGAAAGUGAGGACAAAGAUGAUGAUACGGGCAUGAGCUCGCUUGCAAAGCUCGUCACUGCAGAGGAUCCGGACAAACUGCUUGAAGCUAGCAAGUCCAAGAAGCCGAAAAGCGAUGCCAUUGCCGCCAUCCUCGCCUCCGCCGGCGUAGAGUACACCCAUGAGAACUCCGAGGUCAUCGGUACAAGCAAAGUCGAGGCGCAACUAUCACGGCGGGCCGAACUGGCAGCGAACGCUGCGGACAGUCAGCUCUUUGCAGGCGCCAACAACGCGCUGUUCGCAGACAGUACAGAAUCCAGCGAUGGUGGUGGUGAUGAUGAUGACGAGGACCAAGAAGACCUAAACGGGCCGGCGCCGAAGAAGAUGCUUAGGAUGCAUUGCAGAUUCAACCCGCCCGAGGAUGUCAAGAGACGACAAUUCCGUUCAAUGGCGAGGGAGUUUGGCUUUCAGAACGCGACCGAUUUUGCGCUGGUUGUGGAAAGCUGGACGCAAGAGCAGCGGCGAAAUUGCUUGGAUACUUUUUACAGGCGGCGCGAGGCCAAAUUACUGGAACAGGAAAUGGCGAAAAUGGAAGCAGAAAAAGAGACGGAGGAUGAUGAUGAAAAUGAUGAGUCAACCAUGGUUAAGACCGACGAUAAUGAUGAUGAUGAUGAUGAUGAUGAUGAGACUGUUGAUCUCGAAAAAGCGGUCGCGAAUGAGGAGAUACUAGUUCUAGGUGAGUCAAAGCCAAAUGCCGGAGUUGAAGUAACGAGGGGCGAGAUCGCCGAGAAAAGAGCGGUCGCCGGUGCAGCGGAGAGAGGCGAGGAGGGGGACCCACUCCGCGGAACCGGAGCUCUCGGAUACGGGGUUCGUUCCCUGCCGAACCCUCGCGCUGGUGCUUCAGCUUCACCGGUGCCGAAGGCUGAGGCUGAGGAACGGCGAACUGAUGAGAUCGCCACAACCGUUCCUGAAGCUGGCAAACCGGUUGAUUUAGGUGCAUCAUCCGUGGCCGUCAAGACGGAGGGAGUGGAGGAACCACGAACGGUUACCGUCGGCGCCGGGACGUCGUUCGACAAGACGGCGGCGGCGGCGGGGCAGAAAAAAGUCACGACAAUUUUCCUGUAUGAUGAGGAGGAUGAGGAUGACGAACUCUGA